UUGCCACCCGUCGAAGAAGCACACACGACACGAUCGCGCGCGCGUGCGGCUCGAAUUCGGAUCGCUCUUUUCGCAGAGACAUACCUACAUAUUUCGAUAGACGACUUCUGUUUCGCUAGUGCCGUGUGGUGUGGGGGUUUUGCGUGUUGUUGGGGGCAGGAAGUGGCCGACCGGAAGUGAAACGCGCUGGAGUGGUGAUUGGAAAAAUUGUUCCCGUGAUAGUCAAUCAACAGCAGAAAUCCGUCGCUGCAACCGGUGAAGCAGUGGCAGAAGGAAUAACAUUGAAAAAACAGUGCGCGAAAGAAAGAAAAAUCACUUAAUUUGUCCGGGAAACAUCAAUACUGGACCAACAAAACCCUAUAGCGACGUAAAGACUGCUGUAUUGUAAGAUGCGACUCAAAGCGAACAGUUACGCGCUCCAGGUACUCGUGCAGCUGCUGUGCGGCAUAACGGCCGUCAUUGGGCAUGGUCGGCUGAUGGAUCCCCCGUCGCGUAAUGCCAUGUGGCGCUUCGGGUUUCCCAAUCCUGUGAACUACAACGACAACGAGUUGUUCUGCGGAGGCUACGCCGUGCAGUGGGAGCAAAACCAGGGUAACUGUGGUGUGUGCGGAGAUGCCUAUCAUCUGCGGAGUCCCCGUCCGCAUGAGGACGGCGGGGAGUACGGGCAUGGAAUUGUUAGCAGGCGAUAUUUCGCUGGUCAAGAAAUAGAUGUGGAGAUCGAACUGACCGCCAAUCACAUGGGUCGAUUUGAGCUGUUCCUGUGUCCGCAGUAUGAUGCCACCCAGGAGUGUUUCGACAGGUUUCCGCUGUUUUUAUCGGGAACGAGCAACGAGGUUAGGUAUAUGAUACCUCCGGAAUCUGGCAAGACUGAGAUAUUCAAGUACCGAGUGAAACUGCCACAUUUCCUAACUUGUCCACGGUGUGUCAUGCAGUGGACUUACUAUACCGGCAAUAUGUGGGGAAGAUGUGAUAACGGAACGGAAGGUGUCGGCUGUGGGAAACCGGAAACCUUCAGAAACUGCGCCGAUAUCAGCAUUGUGACGACAACCGGCGGUAUUCCGCCAAUCUUUGUGGAAGAACAAAAGAAUCCGUUCCUGCUGUAUUAUAGAGAUUUCCGGGCCCAAGCGCCAGACAAUGUGUUCCCACUUAUUAUUCGUGACCAAGUUUGCCUCCCAACCGCUGCCUAUCGACGAUUUCUCGGCAUGGACGAAUGGUGCAAACAUAACUGCUUGCGGUAUCCCCCCAACUGCCCGGAGUCGGUUUGCCACUGCCCCAAUACCUGCGAAGCCAUCGGUGAUAUCCAGGGCAAGGAAGGUGCCGAUGUGUUCUGCAUGGAUGAGUGUCUGAACUACAAAUCAACCUGCCCGAAGGACCGAUGCCGUUGUACCUGAGGCGGCGGCACAUCGCUGCUCCGAAGGGAAACUAGGACCGGACGCGUACUGUGCACUGACAAUCAAACUGAAACCGGAUGGAUUCGACGAGUGAUUUUGUAGAAAGAAAGAAAAAUCAACUAAAAAUACCGUAGAACGUAAGGAAAUAGUGUACAGCAAUCUGUCUUUCACUGAUGAUCUUUUGUAGUAAUUGUAAAAAGACUUGCCGUUUUACUCAAAUCUGUAUUCGUUCAAUGAGGAAAUUUAGAAAUCGGAAUCGAUCAAACGUAGAGGCGUAGGAAGGAGUUGCGAGGACUCUUUCGUCACUGCCAUUAACUGUACAUUUUACCUGACUGUGACUAGCGAAGCAAUAGAUAUACGAACGGCAGUGUUUGUAUAAAUGUUCUUCCUUCUUCGUGAACGAAUUAAAUUUGCUCAAAUAAAGUAAAUGUAU